AUGUCGCAAGAGGCCAUUGCAAAAGACUUCCAGAAACUCCAGAAAGGCAUGUGCUUUCUGCCUGAUUUCGCCAACCUCAGCAAAGCCAUAGAAGCUCGACAGCGUUUAGAUUCGCAAUUACAAGAGAAUGAGAUUGUCCAAAAAGAAUUCAAGUUACUUAAGGAGGAUGCCAAUAUAUACAAGCUAAUUGGCCCUGUUCUCGUAAAGCAAGACAAAUCUGAGGCUGUAUCGAAUGUAGACAAGCGGCUGGAGUAUAUCCGUUCUGAGAUAAAACGUGUCGAGGGUCAAAUAACCGAUUUAACACAAAAAUCAGAGAAAAAGAAAGAAGAGGUUGGAAAUUUAAUUUAA